UUCGUAUACGUACGUUCUUGCCGACGGCGGCGGCGGCAUGGGGAGGUCCCCGUGCUGCGAGAAGGCGCACACCAACAAGGGCGCCUGGACCAAGGAGGAGGACCAGCGCCUCAUCGCCUACAUCAAGGCCCAUGGCGAAGGAUGCUGGAGAUCCCUGCCCAAAGCCGCAGGGCUGCUGCGGUGCGGGAAGAGCUGCAGGCUGCGCUGGAUCAACUACCUCAGGCCGGACCUCAAGCGGGGCAACUUCACCGAGGAGGAGGACGAGCUCAUCAUCAAGCUACACGAGCUGCUCGGCAACAAGUGGUCGCUGAUCGCCGGGAGGCUGCCGGGGAGGACGGACAACGAGAUCAAGAACUACUGGAACACGCACAUCAAGCGCAAGCUCCUCGCACGGGGCAUGGACCCGCACACCCACCGCCCGCUCAAUGCCAUCGCCAUGCCCGGACAGCAGCUCCGGGCCGCGCACGAACGACAACACUUUGCCGCCGCUCCAGGCGGCAGCCACCACCACUUCCAGCAGCAGCCGCAGCAGGAUCUCUCCAGCUCCGCCGAGCCAGCCUGCAGCCACAGCAGCGAAGACGACGAGCCGUCCGGGUCCGGCGCCACGCCGCCGCCGCCGCCGCCGACAGGACGGCACCUCGGCAUCGACCUCAACCUCUCCAUCAGCCUCGCGCCCUACCAGGCGGAGGACGAGCCAGCGGUGAAGCAGGAACCCGCGAGCCACAAUGCCGCGGUGUGCCUGUGCCUCAACCGCCUCGGGCUCCAGGGCGCCGGCGAGGGGUGCAGCUGCGGGGGCGCCGCCGCCGCUUCUUCCUCCAUGCAGCAGCAGCAGCAGGCCAGCACGCAGCGCAUGUUUAGAUUCAUCGCACCACUAGAGGGAGGCCAAUAGUAGCACCAGUAACACUAGUAACAGUGACAUCGGACAUACUGCUCUUUUAACUAAAGACACACAUGCUUAAUUAAUUAACUACUCCAGCUUAGUAGUAGCCUCUCUGUAACAUGCAUGUUCAUGAGGAAAUCUACUCUUUUCUCUGUUAAA